UGAAACUGUUUCCAAGAUGAAAACACUGAAGCCUCUCCCCACGGCUGAAGCUUCUAACCAGACGGGAAACAUGACAAAUAAGUUGAAGAUUGAUAAACCGAUUAAUUUGAAUCAUCCUCUUAAAUUGAACCGGGAAGUGUCACCCAAAGAGCAAGAAAAUCCGGAAGGUGGGUCCUACUAUUAUCCAGAUAGAUCCUACGUGGCUACAGUACAGCCGUCUAGAUGAUUGACUUUAAAAAGGUCAAACCUUGAAUCCCAUUUCUCUCGGCGAUAAGGAAACACCAGACCAAGGAGGAGCCGGGAAAAUCAGACAGCAGUUGAUCUUCGAACUCCAGCUUCUUGCGUGAUUGAGAAUGAGUUUAUCAUCACCAACCAGUGCUUGCAGCUCGUCGAGAUGUUACUCCUCGGGCUUAUCGUUGCCAAUAGGGUUCCGAUCAAGUCCCAUCAAUGUAGGAUUGGUUUCUCACCCAAGAAGACACACUAACUCUCCUCGGAAGCUCGUCAUAGCUUCCUCCUCAUCCUCAGAUCCUUUAUUGGUUAAAGCUGCUAAGGGGCAACCAGUGACUCGUCCUCCAGCUUGGAUGAUGAGGCAAGCAGGAAGGUACAUGUCCGUCUACAAAAAGCUAGCCCUGAAGCACCCUUCCUUCAGAGAGAGAUCAGAGAACACUGAUCUCAUUGUGGAGAUCUCUCUGCAGCCUUGGCAAGCUUUUAAACCAGACGGUGUCAUCAUAUUCUCCGACAUCCUCACUCCCUUACCCGCCUUCGGCGUCCCUUUCGACAUCGAGGAAGUCAAAGGCCCUGUGAUCCAGUCCCCCAUCAGAACCGAAGAUGAUCUCAAGAAGCUGCAUCCUAUUGAUCUCGAGAAGCUUCAGUUCGUUGGAGACUCUCUGAAGAUUCUGAGACGAGAGGUGGGGGAGCAUGCUGCUGUGUUGGGUUUCGUUGGAGCGCCGUGGACGAUAGCGACUUAUAUAGUUGAAGGAGGGACGACUCGGACGUAUACUGUGAUCAAGAGGAUGUGUCAUACUGCACCUAAUGUGCUGAGAGCUCUUUUGUCUCAUUUGACUAAGGCUAUUACGGAGUAUGUUGUGUACCAAGUUGAGCACGGAGCUCACUGCAUACAGAUAUUUGAUUCUUGGGGUGGGCAGUUGACUCCUGAGAUGUGGGAGCGCUGGUCCAAACCUUACAUUGAAGAGAUCAUUGAUGCUGUGAAGAGAAGAUGUCCAGACACGCCGAUAGUUUUCUACAUCAAUGGAAACGGCGGCCUUCUUGAGCGGAUGAAAGGAACCGGAGCUGAUGUUAUUGGACUAGACUGGACUGUAGAUAUGGCUGAUGGAAGGAGGAGACUUGGGAGCGAUGUUAGCGUGCAGGGGAAUGUUGAUCCAGCUUUCCUAUUCUCUCCGCUUCCUGCUUUAACUGAAGAAAUUCAAAGAGUUGUGAAGAGUGCUGGACCAAAAGGGCAUAUACUCAACCUAGGACAUGGUGUCUUGGUAGGGACACCAGAGGAAGCCGUGGCUCAUUUCUUUGAAACCGCAAGGAGCUUGGAUUACAAAACGUUUUUCCAAAACCAUGUUCCUGCAGAAUCUGAACUGGUUGCCUGAGGAGAGGAAUGUUGAAUAGACAGGAAUCAGAGAAAAACUUCUGUUUCUGACUCAUAAUCUUAUCCUAGAGUGAGUGACUUGCUUUGAGAACAGUCGACACUGUCCCGGUUUUAACUUUAACAGUGUCUUGAGUUUGAAAAUUUUCCCUGUUUGUAUUCUCGAUCUUUAUUUGUUGUAUCUUCUAUGUGAAACCAAGUAGGUUGUUUUUGUAUCAUGAACUGAAAAAGAAAAAGAAAAAGAAAAAGAAGCCACUAAUCUCAGUCUGAA